CAUAGGAACGCAGCCAUUUUAAAUGCACAUGGCUUGUGCCAUGUGUUUUCUUCUUACAAGAAUGAUAGACAUAGGAGGAAGCUGAAAUAUCUAUCUAUCUAUUGAUGUACAGUAAAUAUAACCCCUGUCUGAUUCCCAGUUCGUCCACUAGAUAGCAGUAGGUGAUCACAUGAUGUCUCUUGGCCACUUGAAACCAUUUGGAUUUUGGUUAGUGAGUCACUGUGCCAAAUGGCUAAAUGGAUUUUCAAACCUGACAUCUUAAAACGACCUUAGCAACCAGGGCUUUCAAGUUAUGGAGUAUAACUAAUUAAAAUAUGACACAGCCAGGUGAAGAAAUUUUCCCAUUCACUUUUCCUAUUGUAAAUGAUGAGCGAGAUCAACGGCACAUGUGGAGGACUCAUGCAAGGUUGUCUGUGUGAAGUCAUUGUUACCAUGGCAUGGAGUUCCAACAGCACCAAACUGGACAACACCACCUUGUCCCUGUUCCAGAACGUGACAGCCAGUACAGCAAUCUCCAUUGUCUACAUUGUGGUCACCAUCAUCAACCUGGUAGGAAACAGCCUUUCCAUGUGGCUCCUCCUCUUCCAUACCUCUCCCAAAACUCCCUCCAUCAUCUUCAUGAUCAACCUGACCCUGACUGACCUGACCUUGGGCCUCGUCCUGCCCUUCCAGAUCAUGUAUCAGAUGCAAGGGUAUAAUUGGAGCCUGGGCCCGGGCAUGUGCAGGCUCUUGACCCUGGUGUUCUUUGCCAACAUGUACUGCUCAAUUCUAACUAUGACCGCCAUCAGUGGAGACCGCUACCUGGGCAUCUGCCGGCCCAUGCUCUUCUGUGAGACCAGGGAAAGGAAGUCAUUAGCUGUGAUUGUCUGCUUCGCCAUGUGGACAGUCGUCCUAUUGGUCCUGUACCCACUCACUAAAACCGACCUGACGUUCCACGUUCCAGAACUCAGGAUUACCACCUGCUUCGACGUUCUGAAGAGGGACAUGCUUCCAUCCAUGGUGGCCUGGGCUGCCUUCCUCCUUGCACUGUUUGUCAUCCUCUUCCUCAUCCCGUUCUGCAUCACUGUUUUCUGCUACAUCAGCAUCAUCCGCAAGCUGGCCAGAGACUCCAAGACCAAACAGAAGGAUAAGGCUAUUGGUCUCGCGGUCACCGUCCUAACGGUCUUUACGCUCUGCUUCACUCCCAACAACAUCCUCCUCCUUGCUCACACCAUCCGGAGGCUCUUCUACGGGGACUCCCUUUACAUGGCCUACAAGCUGACUCUCUCCCUCAGUUGCUUCAACAGCUGCCUGGACCCCUUCAUCUACUACUUUGCCUCUAGAGAGUUCCGGAAGAAGUUGAGGCAGAUGCUAAGGCUGAGAACACAGAGCAGUCUGGACACGGGGAAGACAGACCUGCACAGAGAGAGCCUGUACUCCGCCCAGUAUGUGUCUGAGGGACAGGGUAGAGAGAACGGCAGAGUUAAACAACACUGUUAAAAAACAGAGAGAGGGCCUCCAGAGUGGUGCAGCGGUCCAAGGCACUGCAUUGCAGUGUUAGAGGCAUCAUUACAGACCCGGGUUCUGUCGCAGCCGGCCGUGCCCGGUAGACACAUGAGGUGGUGCACAAUUGGCCAAGUGUCGUCCAGGUUAGGGGAGGGUUUGGCCGGCCGGGAUGUCUUUGUCCCAUUACACUCUAGCGACUUGUGGUGGGCCAGGCGCAUGCACGUUCCUCUGACAGAUUGGUGCAGCUGGCUUCCGGGUUAAGCGAGCAGUGUGUCAAGAAACCGUGUGGCUUUGCAGGGUUGUGUUUCAGAGGACGAAUGAGUCUUGACCUCAACCUUUCCCGAGUCCGCAUGGGAGUUGCAGUAGGACUAGACUGUAACUACAAAUUGGGGAGAAAAGGGGGUAAAAAUUACAACAACAAAAACUGAGAAACAUUCCUGUUCAGAUAAUUUCACAGGAAUGUUUUUGUGUGCUGUAUAUAGAUCCAGUAACAAACCAGGCUAGAUGGUGCAUCAAAAAGUUAGUAAAAUAGGGUAAUUUAUUUUGUGAAGGACUGUUGCAACUUGCAUAAAGAUAUCAAUGAGAUGUGUGUGGCUAGGCUCCUUUUACUGCAAAUGUGAUCUCUGCCUCCUGCCAAUUCGGGCAGAUUCAUUGUUUCAUUGUGUGAAUUAUUAAACCUACCUACUGGGGUAAUUUCAACUAAAUGACAUUGAACCAAUGUGGAAUAGACAAUGAAUUGAUUUCUCUGCCCAGUGGGUACCUUUGUUAAAUGUUUAUCCAUUCCCCACUAAUUAUAUCACCAGUAAUGAAUUUAAUGUUAAUCUCCGUCAUCUAGAAUGUUAGGGUGUUUAAAUCACAAAAUUGUAUUCAUUCAUGAAAUAAAUAUUAAUUUACCAUUCUCA